CAAAUAUCGGCGUUGAGUUAUUACCUCCGUAUAGCAAGAUUCUGAUUUGUCGCUUUGCUUCUCAUAUCUAUGAGCACCUCCACAACGCGUACGCGUGGAAUGGAGCCAAGUAGGCCAUGUGUCGUCUCUUUUAUUCGCGAUUGCGCUGACGAUGGUAAGGAUAAACAACAAUUUCUGUGGUUGACGAAGAUUUUCAAAAUAUUUUCCGGUACAGACAAAUAGUUAAAGUUAAAACAUCUAUGUACGUUUUCUGGUGUUUUGGACGAACACGAGCAUGACUGUUGCCGUGUUGAGCGCGGAAGCAGCCGAAGUGGUAUCAAAUCCGCACGCCGGGGAGGGCUUGGUCGCCUCUGCGUCUCAGACCGUGGGCGACGACGAUGGGGGCCGCGGGCCGAUUGUGCUGGUGCCCACAGACAGUCGGAGCGGUGAAAGGUACUUCCACCGGGAAGAUCUUCAAGCUAGUACAACGGGUAGUCCCGUCCUCGUAACCUCCGAGCAGGCACUGCCUCCGAGUGCCGCAGGAGAGGUGGUACUUCUAGCGGAGCCCGCGUCAGUGAAGCUCCAGGAAUUUUCGCCUUUGCCUGACGACACCGGAGGUGCUGCAUCUUCAAGCACCACAACUUCGACCGAUGGGAGUAGAUCCGGGAAAUCGUCUACGAGAAGGACAAACAGGGACAUGCUAGCUUCGUCCGCGGUCUCGACGCAAGACUACCAUGUGCGGAGAGAUCGUCCUCUCGUCCCCGGUGCCCCAAACUACAAGCAGGACUUCUUCGCCCAGACGCGGUCGGAAGGUGAAGCGCAAAUGUCGGCCGGACCGACUAACGCAACGACCCGGAUAAACAAGCCCGGCGUUGAUGUCCACGAGGACAAGAGUGAUGAAGACACUUUAGUGCAGCCUCGUCGUCUUCCAACAAUUACCAUCACCCGGGCGGACGGAAGCGAACCGGAAUUGGCCCCCGUUUCCGGCGCGCCGGUGAGUAGUUUCGAAAAUCGCCUCUCGCAUCACUCGCACCAUCACUUGAUUUUUUCGGAGGGGUCAGCCACUCAAGAACUCGGGGCUGCCAAAACCCCAGAAAACGGGGGUAGCACCAACCCAGGCCAAGUAGAGCAGGAACAAGUAAAGCCAAAUUAUAUCACAACUACCGGCAAGAACCACGACCCGAGUGCAGCAGGUGAGCAGAAGCGCUCGAUGCACAGCGCGCUUGGGAAUACGGCAAACCUGAUAGACGAUAUCCGCGGCAUGCUGCAGCAGAACGAAUACCUGACGUAUUUCGGCACCACGCAGGACAAAGCUAUCAGCCGGCAGAACACCCCGGAGCAUCAUCACCGCGGCGCGCCAUACGGAUUCAAAGGCCCGUCUUCGGCCGAUGCUGCUUCGUCUUCGAAGCUGACGCCAGUAGAUGCGAGCACGGGGGGCGACCUGAUUGUGUAUGGGCACGGUCGCGGCGUCCCGACUUCUACUGCGCCAAAGACAAACUCUUCCUCAUCGCGGGAGAUUGUGGCCACGAGCGCCGGGGAAAUGAGCCACCUAAAGAGCAUCCCGGGCGGUGCUGGCUAUAGCUCCUCGGAUCUCCGAUUGCCGGUGGUAACGUACGGCACGACCAGCCGCGCGAGCCCGGUCGGGUCAGCCACCGAUCAACUCCAAGACGACGACCAAGCGCACUACGUGACUAGCCAAACCUUCCGCAAAGUGGGCACGAUUGGCGCCACCGAGAUGGCGAACCGGCUUUCCCGCAUUUUUCAAAGUGAGGAGGGGCCGAACUCCGAACUGGAAGCGGCACCAGCGCCGUCCGCCGCCGACGUGCGUGCGCUCACGCCAUUGCAUGAUCAAUACGCAGCGGGAGGAAUGGCUGCCCAGCGGAUUGCCGUCGCUUCGGCUGUAGCUCCACAGGGCGCAGUGCCACAGCAACAGCUUAAUACUAGCAGCAAUUUGUACUUUGGUCACCAACAGCAGCUUGUUGGGCCGCCCUUCCAACCCUCGAGUCGGGAAUCGUUGGGUCCACCGUCUGCGCCGGUACUGCACCAGGCACCUCCGGGCGCCGCCGGAGGUCCUCCACAACCAAUGAUGAACUACUCGCCUUCGUCUGUGCAGCGCGGCGCUGCAGUUGGAGCUGGGAUGGCCGUGCCACAAAGUCCGACGACGGGUGGAUUUUUUCGGCCUAACCCAGGAAACCCGUUUCUCGGCGGCAAUCAGCAGCAGCAGGCGAACAUCACCGAUAUAACAACCACAGCUGCCACCAGCGGGGUGCCAGCCGAACUUCAUCAAUACGGUGCGGCCCAAGCUGCGAACCGCACGAGCGAUGGGAAUGUCGGUCCCACGACGCCGAAGCUUCAUCAUCUUCCAAACACCCCUCCUUCCGCUCCAGUAACGAGCUCAACGGCUACCCCCCACCAAACAAACAUCAAUCCAGCACCCAAUGCGAUCAUGCACAGCCCGAUGCCACCUGCUAGCCCACGGCAGAUCGCGCAGCAACAAGCCAGCGGAUCACAGUAUCAACUGCCCCACCAGCAACAGGUCCCUGUCCUCCCUCCCGGCUAUAAUGGGUCGUACAACCAGUACCCUACACAGCAGGUUCAAGGAGCUGCGCAACAGCUCGCGCUUCCCAGCCCGGGAGCUCCCACGACUCCGCCUUUGCAGGGGAACCCCGCGGGAGCAGCUGGAGGUACGUACAUGCUGCCAGUCCCCGCGGCCACAGGUCAUCAACAACAGCAGCAGCACCUGGAUAAUUUUAAUCCGGGACUGCAGCCCUAUCAUGCACCACCACAGCAUAACCCUCUGCAAAAUUUCCAGGCAGAUAGCAGCGACAACAACCAAUUCCGCCUCCCCGCAACCGCCCCGCAGGAACUAAUAGCGCCCUUCGAAGAGUGCAACCCUGUGCUGGCUAUGAUGCGCAGGCAGGACCACGAGGAUGCGCCCUCCGCGCCGCUUCUGUCGGUGGAUCCCUACAGCCAGAGCGCCAACAGAUUCCAGUAUCAACAGUACGGUGCCCCCGCUGGGCAGCAGCAACAAUUUCAGCAGUCGUUCCAGCAGCCACAAUUUCAGCAGCAACAUCAGUACUACGCCGGGCCCGGGACACCAGGGACGCCAAUAAAUAACCCUAUGAUGCAGCAGCAACAGCUGCAAAUGCAACACAUGCAGCAUGUUGCGGCCGGGCAGGGAGGAGGUCCUCCCGUUCUGGGAGCUGCGCCGCCUUCUGCCGGCGUGGCUAGUACACAACAACAUCAGCCCCAGCAACAGUUCUAUAACCAGCAGCAGCAGCAACAGCACCUCCCACCAGCAGGAGCUGCGCAGCAGGAGCAGCCGCAGCACUGGCAACAGACGCAGGCGGGUACUGGGAAGCGAUUGAGUGACAUCAACGAAGAAAGUUCUUCCACUGCGAAUGUGCUGCACACGCCGCAAACUAGCGACGAGCACGUCAACCAGAAGAAGAUUCUUCAGACGCAACAGGAAAUCAUGGAGGCGCAGCGCGACAUGCUGGCACGGUUCCGAAAGCAGCGGAAGGGACAGCACAAUAUCGCCGCUGGCAGCUUUGACGACGGAGCGCCGGGCACUGUGUCCGCAUCCCAGAGCACCAGUGGCACGUCGGCGGCUGGCGGUGGUCCCGGUCCCCAACGGCAACAGGCAGACGGUUCUACUUCCGAACAAGCGCAGAAUCGCGUCAAGGUUCUGAACGAGCUGCUCGAACUGCCGACUUCGGAUCUCUCCCAGGAGGCCUAUAACCGCCGGCUGAAGGCGCUAGAGAACAUGAUCAAGUCACUCGCGAACCAGACGCGGGCCAUCAAAAACCAGCAAACCCGGCAACAGUUCGGAGCAGCCGCCGAGCAGAUAUCCUCCUCGCAAUGGAACACGAUGAACGAUGUGGGCGCUGGUGGGCCUCCUCACAGCGAACAACAACUGGGCCCCCCAGCCGGCGGCAGAGGAGCUAAUUCUGCCGUGGCGUCCGUGACGAGUUCCGGGACACGGGCUGCCGCGCCAGGUACAACUGGUAUCGCGGCGAUGAUUUCCGGCUCGAGAACAGGUCCGAAGUUGGUAAACAAUUCUGGCGCGGCGGAUCAUAUGUUUAAGCGAUCUGCGCUAGUAGCGCAAAGACAACAAGGCUCUUCACCGGAUGAACAGGAGGAACAACACGCCGAGGAUUCAUCCCUGACGAAACAGAAAAGCGCAACCCUUUUGGACGGGCGGUUUCGGUGGCUUGGGGACCAGGCCCCGAAGAGGUGGGGGCUGACCGAGGAGGGAAGUGUGUUCUGGAUGGCGCCUUCGCCCGGGCGCGACUUCUGGCGCAGCGUGAUGUGGCAGGAUGAGCUGAACGGGGAGACUGUCCAUGCCUUCACGCAUCAGAAAACCAAUGGUGAAGCGUAUUUGAUACCUUUGCAAGACGCGUGCAUGGCCAAGCAGUACCUCGAGUAUUUGAUGGACGUGAACCACAACACGGACGACGGAGGUGAUCAGAGCAGGAACAACAAGGACAACAGGAUGAAUUUCGAGUGCCGCGUGUCGGUUCUGUCUCUGGAGGUCACGGUGGAGCUCACCGCCGCGCCGGUUGCGAAGGCCUCGACGGGUCCUGGGCAGCAGCAGGACAACAUGUUUGGCGCGAAGAGGCUCGGCAGUCACCACUCGCCCGCGAUGCCCACCAGGCUGCUCUACCGAGGGGAAAGUUUGCUCCCCGGGGGAGUCGCUGCCUUGCAGCAGGGACAGCAGCAGCUGCACUCCUCGGCGCAGAGUAGCGAUGUGCAGUUCCAGUUUUCCGGCGCUGACUUGGUCUUCGGCGAACAGACGGACCAUGCCGUCUCUACCGAUGUUGAGGCAGGAGCUCUUCCGGAGCUGCAGGGUGUGUUUGAGCUUCUACAGCAGCGAGCGACGGAGGGAGCAAGGACGAAGAACUUGCCACUCGCACAAGGUCGUACUACUGGCGCAAUCGCAGGAACAAGUACUACAACUAUGGAGCAGCUCUCCACUGCUGGAUCGGUGUCCGCCAGCACACCGACCGGAAAAGGGAGCAUGGCCGCGGAAUUCGGGCCGAGAUUGUUCAGCCGGUCCGCUUCCACCUCCCAGGAGCAACGAACAACGAAGGGUACCAGUACCGGCGCUCAUCUACCGCAUCAAGGUACUAUGAGCCGCUCCAAGAGCAGUAGUCAACACCAACAGCAGCAACAAGGUCAUCUUAGUUCGCGGACCUUUGGCGGCCUUGCGAAAGGGAACUCCUCAACGACGGCGAUCAGCGGCCGCGAUUCCUUGACGUUGGGUGAGGUAGAGAAUCCGUUUCUCGUUGGAUCAUUGCAAUUGCAGUUGCCGGAUAACACAUCCACUACCAGCGGCUCCCUGCAUGCCGGCGCCAACACGUAUUUACAGGCCAAGCGGGUGAGCAUUACCGCCGGAGGUGGUGUGGGUACAACAAGUAGUUCUGCAGGAGGUGGAGGUCCCCCGCAGCCACUGCCGCGAACGACGAGCAGCGUCAAGGGCGGAGCGAAAAGUGGCAUCAACGUACUGCAGUCACGAACGAAUUCCCAAGUUGUAAACUUGAACAGCACGACUGCUGACGAGUCCACGGGGACGGGCUUCUUGAACAUGAGCAACAUGAUGAUCCCCCUGCGCACAUCCCUGCUCGCAUCAAAUAUGGGCACCAAUAGCUUGGGGGAAAGCCGCUUCCGCUGCAACGACCAAGGGGGGCUGCUCAUUUACAUCUCCAACACGGCCUGGAUCUCGGUAUACAAAUUUAUAGCCUUGCAGGAAUGUCGAGAUUGUUCCUGCUGUUUUUAUGUCGGUCCACUAUCAAUGCCGAAUGAAUGAUCCGAAAUAGUAGAUACGAGUUUUGAGGCUUUCUCAACAUCGUACAACCCUCAUUUAACUCCAUAGCUCCGGUCUAUGCUGUGUUGUGUAUUGGCCUUCUGUGCAAUUCCUGCCGUGCUUCCAGGACUGUACUUUUUGAGCUCUAGUAUUUCUCAUAACAUGUCCAAUCGUAAAAAACUUUGAUCACUAUGUAUCACUUCACAGGUGGGCCUCGUUAUGGGCCAGAACGACAGUCCGGCCGGUAUUUCCGUCGUUGUGUGCAAUGGUGGGGCUUGUGACUACUCGAGGCAUGAUUACGACCCAGACAUUUACCGACCUCGCGCAAAGCCACGACAAGGUCAGUAUGACCUUUCCGCAACAUCAACAACCAGCGGCCCAGCAAGAAAUCAGAAAGUAAACAAGAUGGAGCAGCAAGCGACUUCUUCUAGCGACCACCAGGGCCCUAUCUACAAUAAUCUCAACCCGAAGACAGCCAGUUCUAGCACAACUUCUCAAGUGCUGCCCGGAACAACAACAAAGAGUUCCAAGGAAAUGAAUAACCCGAACAACAACAAUUACGAGAGCAAGAAUGCUCGCAAACAUCACAACCAAGCCCACGCGGUGACCCUGCGUGUCGAGAAGCGCGCGACGGAAUAUUUGGUAAAAGCUUUUGACUACAGUUCCUGGACGUGGCGGGAGAUUCGAUUCUGCCAUUUGUACCCGGAUCUGUCCGCCGACGUGAGUCCGAACCAAGCCAGCUACGGGAUUUUCUCCACCUCGCCGGAUCGGAGCAAGGGGGAAAAACAACUGCGCGGACCGGACGGAGUCCCCGUAGAGCUGGUCACACGGUUCCACAAUUUUGCCCUCGCGUGGAGCAGCGGAGCAGUCAGCUGAUCCGACGAGCCAAGGGGAUCGUCUUCUUGUUUUCAGAAUAAAUCUGAAACUACACGCUGCCGUUCCGAUUUUGUUCGAUUCGAAGGUACUAGUUCACCCCUGGUGGGUUCCCUUCCUACGUACGAUCUUAGAUCGUCUACUCUUUUGCCCCACGCCCAGAUGACGCUUCAGGCUUGUAUUCAAACUUUUGACCCCCGGAACGUAGACAUGUUUGCCUUCGGCUAUAGACAGAAUUCUAUAAAACGAACAACUUCGACUUCCACUCCCUGGUGGUGUUAAUGGGCACGACACCGUGUAUGAUCAACAAAUAAAAUAUGAAAUGAAACUAGAGGCGACGUUCAUUCUUUUAAGGUAGAGCAACAACGACUUAGGGUGCUCAAUUUGAGCAGCAAAACACGCAAAAAAAACUAGACCGGAAUAAAAUUCAGAAAGAAGAAGAAA